GGGCGUUGAUUGCCAAAGGGGGGCGUUGCCCGGAGGCUCUGAAAGAGAGAGCAGAGAGGCCGUUGCUGCGGAGACGGAGAUGUUCGAACUGUUUCGCGGGGACACUUCUUUCCACAAGACUCGCCAAAAGGACGGGAGAAACACACAAGAAUGAGCUGCGAGCUGCCGUCUCUGCAGCACCACCCCCACGGAGAAAGUAGCGGGAGCACUUUCGACUACCUCGAACGGCGGAGCUGUCUCCCCGACCCGCGCCCUCCGCGACGCUGGGAGAGUUCGUCGCGCGGGCUUGGAGCGGCUGUUUCACGGCGUCUCCCGUAUCUCUUGAGGGAAAGACCGCUGGACAUCGGGAAAACGGACAAAGUAUUUGCCUCGGAUUGGAUCACCGAGGAAGAUGUCGUGGUGGGGACCAAAUGCAACAAGUUGUUUGUCGUGAACACUGAAAACGGUUCAACCGUUGACAUCCCCAGACUGCAGCCCGAAGGCUCCUCAAACUCCACCUCAUCUUGUGGCAUCCACACCAUCAGUGUCUCCAGCGAGAGGCAAUACCUAGCCGCCGGUGGGGCAGACCCUACUCAUUUGGCUGUCUAUGGACUACCCGAAAUGCAGCCUUUGGCUAUUGGAGAGGGCCACACUGACUGGUUGUUUGACAUGCAAUGGAUCACUGACACCCUCCUAAUAACAGGAGCCAGAGACUCCAAGAUGGCCCUCUGGUCUGUCGGUUCCCUUGAGUCGGCCCCACCUCCUCGUGAGAGGGGAGGUGAGGUCACCAGAAGUGGCCCGAUGGCCGAAGACGUCCAGAAACUGGAACCAAUUGUGAAGUUCUCUAACCUGGCGGGGAGCUCCCGGUCGUCACCCUCUCACUGCGAGCGAGUGCGCAGUCUCGCUUACAACAGACAGAAAUAUACCCUGGCAUCACUGCAGACAAAUGCAUGCGGAGCUAUUGUCCACUUCUGGGACCUUUUCUCAUUCAUACAGACGGUGGAAGUGGAGAUGCCGUUUUGUGCCGAGAACGUGUGUAUAGAGUUUGACGAGGAGAGUGGGCACAUGUACGGGGUGGGGUCCCGUUCCCAUGUCACAUUCCUCGACGACCGGGUUCCAGCGUCGACUGUCGGGUCACUCAAGUCCCUGGACCCUGACUGUGGCAUAAGGUCACUGAAGUUCCACCACAACCUCCUGAGUAUAGGGACCGGUGCAGGUCAUGUCUAUUUCUACGACAUGAGGACUCGCCACUACCUCAGUGGUGGCAGUGGAACUAGUGGCAGCAGCGGACAGCAGAAACCAGCUGCACUCUCACUCACUGCGACUGGAGGAUGGCUGAGAAGAGACGAAACCUAUCGCAGUUUCUUCAGCGGAAUGCCUGAACCCCUCAACGCCAUCUACACCCACUGCUACAGCCCAGCCAGAACUAAACUCUUUACAGCCGGCGGACCCUUACCCCUCGGUCUCCAUGGCAACUAUGCCGGGGUUUGGGUGUAGCGUGCUCCAUUUGGAAUACUCGUGAAAAUGUAUUGUUCUUUUCCUCAUUUUUUUUCAUCUCUGAAGCAAAAAUUGCAUAGCAAUUAAAAAACAUUUGAGGAGUUGAGUUUGUUUUUGUCGGCCAAGCAUCACUUAAUUCUAGAGCUGCACUUGGAAAAUUUUACCACCAUACAUUUUUAUUUCAUUAUCACAUGAUUUAUUAUGUCAUCAUAAUUACAAUGUGCUAUCAAAAAAGAAGUGAUUCAAAAUGGUCAUUAUAAUACAGAUCAGGGAAUGAAAAAACAGAAAAAACAAUCACUCCUAUUCCUCCUGGUUAUACAAUGACUGUAGCCCAUUUUAGCCAAUCACAGUUCUUGCUUUGGAUGUUGGUAUCCUUCGCUGCCUUCCGAUGUUCCUUUACAAGGGAAGGAGAGGUGUUCGAAAUUGACUGUUGUGCAUUCCUCGAGAGUUACGAGGUAGUCUUUGAUCUUCCAGGCCUUGCUCCCGUCUCGUGUCAUGAAGAGGACUCUAUCA